AUGUUUCAAGCACGCUUCCCGUUUGUCGCACUGCUUGCGCAAUUGGGCGUGCUCUUGUUCAGUACUACUUGCCUGGGAUCGGGCGACGUGCCCGACAGUGUCAGAGAGAUGAGGCAGGCCCUUGAAGCACUUGGCGUUCGGUAUUGGUCUCAUGACGGGCUACCCGCAGGCGGGAGCCGUAGCUCGAGCUCAAGCUCGUCUUCCGAAGGGUCGCGUGCGGCUCGCACCCUAAAUUUCCUUGAACCUGGGAGUUCUUCUGCCUCGCGAGCGCCACCGAUGGCAGAUGACAUCCGUAGGCACCCAAGGUAUGCGCGAAGUUGAACCGAGAAUUUUAAGUAGACAAUGAGCUCAUCAAGUGGGCCUCGGACUUGCUUCGCUUUCUUCCAUCGUCUUUCGCUCAUCGCAGCCUAGACUGGUUUGUGAGUGUUCGGCGCGAUUGAUGAGAACAAGUUGUUGCCUUUCAUUUGACACUAGAGCUUUUCUGCACUCAGAACAUCGGCCCUGGUAUGGCGUUGAACUGGCACAAGCCCGAUACCAGAGAAGUCCUCCACAGAUGGUUCCCUCAGCGAGGCUUUACCCGCUUCAAUGGCAUCGAUUUCGAUUCUCAAUUCAUUCCGCACGGCCAUAGAAUUCCAGGAGAAAGGCAGAAACUGGACCAGGUCGUGAGUCCGACAAGAACAUCUGGCCUCGAUAACUGCGGUUGACUGAUGGGCUCGAACUCAUUCGAUUUCCAUCCUCAGCUCGAUGACAUGUUGAGGAAGAACCUUGUACUCACUCGCUCAGGGCUUUCGGGCCGGCAGGUUUACACUUCAUACAACUCUGCUACUGGCAAGUGGGAACCAAUCUGGCAGGGUGAAGCGCAGCCUGCAUCCAACACUGGCCGCCCUCUGCGGAGCGCUCACGCUUUGACGAUCGAUGAGGCUGCCCAUCGUAAUCGCAGACGCCAGACUUUGGUCCUACAAGGGCACCGACAGGCCCCAGAACAGCUUGACGGUGCUGGGCUGUCUUUAGCUCAGCCGGGACCCUCGACGGCAGGAGCCAGUUCGAGCGCUGCGCCGCCCGGCGGAACGAGAAGUCGAAGCACUAGCCAGAGCAGUGGAUCCGACUCACGAGGCUCAUCCGGGCCUUCGCUUGGGCACUGGCUCUGA